UGGAGGGGAGGGUGGGAGAAGGGAAACAAGGUCUUAGAUCGUCUAUGAUUUUUUUAAAAAAAUCUGCACUUUGACAGUAGUGGCGAAAUACACUAAUCCAAAAGUGAUAUUUCUGUUGAUGGAGGUGGAUUUUUUUUUUCCUUUUGAUUCCAACCUUUCUCCCCGUGACAAAGCAUAAAUCAUGGAGACCAGAAAAUAAGGUGGACCUCAGGAAUCCUGAAAAGACUGAGAAGCUUACAUUCUUCCUCUGGAGGGAAGGGUGGGGUGUUUUUAGCCCUCUCUGGAACCUAAAACGAAAACAUGAGUUGCGUGCCAUGGAAAGGAGACAAGGCCAAAUCUGAAUCUUUGGAGCUGCCUCAGGCAGCACCCCCACAAAUCUACCAUGAGAAACAGCGCAGGGAGCUUUGUGCCCUGCAUGCCCUCAAUAACGUCUUCCAGGACAGCAAUGCUUUCACCCGGGAAACGCUGCAAGAGAUUUUCCAGAGGUUGUCUCCAAACACCAUGGUGACCCCCCACAAGAAGAGCAUGCUAGGAAAUGGGAACUACGAUGUGAACGUCAUUAUGGCGGCACUUCAAACCAAAGGCUAUGAAGCUGUCUGGUGGGACAAGCGCAGGGAUGUCAGUGCCAUUGCUCUCACGAAUGUCAUGGGCUUCAUCAUGAAUCUGCCCUCCAGCCUGUGCUGGGGUCCACUGAAGUUGCCUCUCAAAAGGCAGCACUGGAUCUGUGUUCGAGAGGUGGGAGGUGCCUAUUACAACCUCGACUCCAAACUGAAGAUGCCCGAGUGGAUUGGAGGCGAGAGCGAGCUCAGGAAAUUUCUCAAACAUCACUUGCGAGGAAAGAACUGUGAACUCCUGCUGGUGGUGCCAGAAGAGGUGGAGGCCCGUCAGAGUUGGAGGGCUGACGUUGCAAUAGGACAGACGGAUGUGUGGACGGUUACAAGAACCACCACCCAGCGUUACUCAUUCCUGGGACAGGAAGGUAGGAGCUCUUUGUGCUUAGGGCGGAGCUGUGGAAGACCCUUGUUUUCUUUGAGGAGGAAGAAAGGUGGGUCCAAUCUUACUUUCCCCAUCCCUACGAGGACUUGACAGAGGCUCUGCUGGAGGACACUGCUGCUGUGACUCACCUGGAGAUGCUGCCUCCACUUCCCCUUUCCUGGCAACCAGUGGGUCUGAAGACAUAGUACAUGCACAGUCCAUGUGACUGGCUUGACGGACCCAGAGCAUAAGGGCCUCUCAGGAAACCAUCUCCAAAACCCCAGCAGUGGUACAGCAUGCCAUCUCCAACCCUUAAUGCCACCCAUUACCCCCGUUUUGAGGGUGGUUUAUGGCCAUCCUUGGGAGUUUUCUAAUGAAACAUUUAGUAUUCCAUGCCGGGUGGUUGACUCCUGCAAUAUUCUAGUGUGACAGGGUGAGCUAGAUACCUAAGAAGACAUGGCAGAAGGCAGACUGGGGCCGGCACAGAUGGCCUGUCGGCCUCACUCCAGCAUUGUCCCUGCCACUUCACUACGUUGAUUUCGGAGGUUCUGGGGCACAAGAUAGGCCAGAGGGCAGUUUUUCCGGUUGACACACUCCAGCAGAAAUCAGGAAACAAUUAAGUCUGCUUUCGAUAUCAAAUUCCACUAGUUUGAGAAACAGUUGAGUGAGGAAAAGAAUUGUGAAGAUAAGCUACUCAGAGAGUAAGAGCAGCUAGAAUUGGUAGAAGUCCUAGGCUCGGAGUCACUAUAGUGACAAGAAUCAGAACCCUCAAGUUGGGUGUUUACGUGCAUUAUGUUAUAGGACCUGGAUUUGUCAUCUUUCUUUAGUUUCCUUUACAAAUCAACGAGAAUUGAUCGAUCCCCUACCUCUUUAAAUAGUUGUAGGCCACUUUUCUCCUGUAACUUUGGAAAACAAAAGAGAAGGAGGGGAAGUAUCCUACCACACUGUGUGUCACCCAAGUGGUCGUGGUUGCCUCAAGACAGGUGGGCAGACAGGGAUGGCCUGUCUACCCCUUACAGUUCGGUGGUCUUGGCGGGUCUGAGAGCUGCCCCACUGGCCAGACGUCUCUCCAGCAGCAAAGCCAGCCUGGGGCUUGCAUGUCAAGCCUGAGCAAGCUUAACAGGAUUAAGCUGAGGCUUUCUCCCCACUGUGACUGGAGUGCAUGUUUACACCAGCACUUUUUCUGCACAUGUAUCUUCAAUCCAACAAGGCCGUUUUUUAUGCUGAGUAACAGAGGCCACCAAGCGGCUACUGCAUCACACCCUCUUGGCAACUGGCUGCAGUCUCUUCUGCACCAUUUUCCACACCAGACCUGCUUGGCACCACAGGGAGCUCUUUACCCCUGCACAAUGACAUUCCAACCACCACCAGCCAGAAGUUACAGCCAACCUGAUUGUCACAAGCAGGACCUUGGGUCCAUGGGCACUGUCAGUGAUAGUAAGCCAUCUUCUGGGAGGACGGGGCACUCUUCUCCAAUCUGCUUGGGCCUGUGCAAAUGGCACUUUAGAGGAGUCCCCGUGCACUUGGAGUCCAUGAGCCAAUGGGAUAUGCAAAGACGCUUAAACAUUUCAGGGCUGGUUUCUCUGUUCAUAUCCAAUUUUGGUGCUUAGGAACAGGGACCCAUGCUGAUGCCCAAGGGCAAAAAGCCCCACUUCCUUUAAGGAAGGGGGCAGGCCUGACCCUGAUGCCCAAUAAGGGGCAACCCUAGGCUUUUUGUUUUUCUUGCUUUUAUUCCUUUUUUUUUUGUUGGCCUUGUGCUGGGUUUGUUUACAAAAGAUGUAUUUUGUUUAACCAAAUAUUAAAAAUGGAAAACUCCAUACAUAAAUCUCA